UAUCAGCUGAUUAAAAAUAACACAACACGUGGGUAUAUAUCACGCCAUCCGCUCAUAAAUGAAUUAAAACAUUAAAUUCGUUGAAUCUAGUCAAGGAAAGUCUUAAACCUUAGCUUUCUCUAUAUAUCGAAUGGCACCUAGAAAUCCCAUAACAGACGUGAUUCCCGGCUCAGAUGAUGGAGACGGUCUAGGUUUGGAUCAAGUAUCGCCAGUUAUAACGGAAGAGAACUAUCAACAAAAACAACAACCAUUGAAGAUAGUUUGGCAAAAUGUAUUUAUACAACUUGGAAUUCAUCUAGCAGCUUUGUAUGGUUUGAUUAGAAUACCUUGGUCUCAUCCUUUAACAUGGCUAUGGACAACAUUUUACUACGUAUUCACAGCCGUAGGAAUAACAGCUGGGGCACAUCGCCUAUGGUCACAUAGAUCUUAUAAGGCAAAGACUCCUUUUCGUAUCUUGCUUGCAAUAAUGAACUCUGCAGCACUUCAGAAUGACAUAUUGGAAUGGACUCGUGACCAUCGAGUUCAUCACAAGUAUUCGGAAACAGAUGCUGAUCCACAUAAUGCAAGACGAGGGUUCUUCUUUUCUCAUAUCGGAUGGCUUCUAGUUAGAAAACACCCGGAUGUAGCCAGGAAAGGCAAGCAGUUAGAUCUGUCGGAUCUCUACGCUGACAAAGUAGUUAUGAUACAGCGAAAGUAUUACAGACUGAGUGUUCUUGUUAUGUGUUUCUUAUUACCUACUGCAGUACCGUAUUACUUCUGGGGAGAAUCUUUUCUAAAUGCAUUCUUUAUAUCCAGUAUACUCCGAUACGUACUGACAUUAAACGCCACGUGGUUAGUCAAUAGUGCUGCACACAUGUGGGGGAAUCGUCCUUAUGACAAAAACAUUAACCCAGCACAAAAUAGGGGUGUGGCAUUCAGUGCCGUAGGAGAGGGAUUUCACAAUUAUCACCAUACAUUCCCACAUGACUAUGGUACCAGUGAGUUUGGAUGGCAUUUAAACAUUACCACAGCCUUUAUUGAUUUCUUUGCGAUGUUAGGACAAGUUAGUGAUAGGAGGAAGAUAUCUCAUGCUACAGUAGAAAGGAGAAGGGCAAGAACUGGAGACGGAUCCUGACAAUUCUAGUCCGUUAUUGUGUUUAACAUUAUCUAUUGUACUGUAAUUGCUAAAAAAAAAAUAUACAAUGUUUGAUGGUUAUUUGCAAGAUGUUGCGAUUUUGAACAGAUCUUUCUUGUUAUUAUGUUUAAUUUUAACAAGUAUUUAAAAGAUACAAAUACGUCAAAAUUGAAAUUGUAAAAGUAUUAUUAUGUGAACAUGGACAGUGCUAAAUUGUUACAGAUUUUUAUGUUAUUUAUCAUAAGUUGAUUAAAAGUGACAAAAGAACAAUUAUUGUUAGAACUUAAAUACUAAAUUUUUGUUCUCCAUAUUGCAAUAUUUUAUGGAGUAAUGAACCACAUCGAAUGCUCAGUGUAGAAUUAAAAAAAAGCUUAAUUCAAA